AUGCCCCCUCUAACCCCAAUCCCAAUCCCCCUCUUCGCCUCAACCCAACUCAACCUCCUCCACGAAGAACACGCCGCCGAAGUCUCCUCCUCAAAACUCGCUAGCACAGCCGCAACGGUCUCCCCCUCAACCCGCCGAACCCUCCAAGCAACCGGCUACGCCCUAACAGGCCUGAUCCUCUCACAAUGCCGAACCGGUCUCGGCGGGCGCGUCGUCGGCGAAUUCGCCCCAGAUCCAGCAGUCGCAUCAGAUGAGUCCCGGGCUGCAGAUGGGACGCCUCGUCUUGGGUCGCAUGGGAUUCGCGUCGGGGAUGUGGUGCGUGUUAGUGACAUUGCGGGGCCUGGGAAAAAGGUUGGGAAAGACAAGGAGAAGGAUAAGGAUGCGGAGAAGGGCGGUCCUGAGGGCGUUGUUACGCGGACUGGGGAUCGCGCUGUGUGGAUUGCGUUUGGGCGGCCGGGUGGUGGGGGGAUGUCUAAGGAGGAUGACGAGGCUGUGGAGGAGCUUUGGGGGAAGAAGUUAUGGGCUAUUAAGCUUGCUAAUGAUGUUACGUAUAGAAGGAUGAGGCAGACUAUGGAGAAGAUGGAGAAGAUGGCGGAGACUGACUAUACGCAUUUCAUGCGUGUUGCAUUUGGGCAUACGACACCACUACAACUGGAUACGGAGGCGUGUGGACCUGUCGAGUUUACGGAUCCCACGCUUAAUGAUUCGCAGAAGGAUGCUAUUCGGUUUGCGCUGGCUUCGCGGGAUAUUGCGUUGAUUCAUGGUCCGCCUGGGACGGGAAAGACACAUACACUCAUUGAAUUGAUUUUGCAAUUGGUUCAACGGAAAAAGCGCGUUCUCGUCUGUGGACCGUCGAACGUUUCUGUUGAUAAUAUUGUGGAACGUUUGGCUCCCAAGAAGGUUCCUGUUGUGCGCAUCGGUCAUCCUGCUCGUCUGCUUCCUUCCGUUCUUGAGCAUUCCCUUGAAGUCCUUACGCAGACCUCUGAUGCUGGGGGUAUUGUGAAGGAUAUUCGCAAGGAGAUUGAUGAGAAGCAGGCUAGUAUUCGCAAGACUCGGUCUGGUCGCGAACGACGAGGUAUUUAUGACGACUUGAAGCUGCUUCGGAAGGAGUUCCGACAGCGUGAGUCUAAAUGUGUGGAUAACCUGGUGCGCGAGAGUAGCGUGGUGUUGGCUACUCUCCACGGGGCUGGAGGUCACCAGCUCAAGAACCAGAAGUUUGAUGUUGUGAUUAUCGACGAGGCAAGUCAGGCUCUCGAAGCACAAUGCUGGAUCUCUCUUCUGGGCGCAGAGAAGGUAGUUCUUGCCGGUGAUCAUCUGCAAUUACCGCCGACCGUCAAAUCCACUGGACAGAAGUCCAAGGAUGAAGUGUCCAAAGGCACCGAGGGAAAGACCGACACCGAGACAUUGAAGGGUGUCUCUCUUGAGCGCACAUUAUUUGAUCGUUUAUUAGCCCUGCACGGGCCGGGGAUCAAACGCAUGUUGACCACCCAAUAUCGCAUGCAUGAGACAAUCAUGCGAUUCCCCUCCGACGAACUCUACGAGGGGAAGUUGAUAGCCGGCGACGCUGUGAAAUCCCGUCUAUUAAUCGACUUGCCUUACGAAGUAGGGGGUACAGAUGACACGCAGGAACCCCUGGUUUUCUGGGACACGCAAGGCGGGGAUUUCCCCGAAAAGGCGGAGGAUGAGAUCAGCAAAAAGGGAGCCUUGCUUGGAGACAGCAAAAGCAACGAGAUGGAAGCCAUGGUCGUUGCCAGACACGUGGACAGCCUGAUUGAUGCAGGUGUCAGACCCGAGAGCAUUGCCGUGAUUACCCCUUACAAUGGGCAAUUGGCUCUACUGUCGCGCAUGCUGCGAGAAAAAUACCCUGGUCUUGAACUUGGUAGUGUGGAUGGAUUCCAGGGCCGCGAGAAAGAAGCUGUUGUGGUGAGCCUGGUACGCAGCAAUGCAGAGCAUGAAGUGGGUUUCUUGGGUGAGAAGCGACGAUUGAAUGUCGCCAUGACGCGCCCCAAGCGACAUUUGUGUAUUUGCGGCGACUCGGAGACGAUCAGUCAUGGGAGUAGCUUCCUCAAGCACUGGAUGGACUUCCUUGAAGAAAACGCCGAUCUACGAUACCCCGAUGCUGGAGAUUUGCUGUAG